CCUCGUAGCUCCUCCUCGCGGGCGGAGGCUGGAAGUGCGCAGCAGCCUCCGGGUACCGACUAGUCACAAACUUGAGCGAGGUGGACAUUCAAGCCGCCUAGGAUGAGGGGGUGCGGCCGCCACUCGGGGCCGCCGUCGCUGCUACUGUUGCUGCUCCCGCCACUGCUGCUCUUGGUGCCCGGCGCUUACGCGGCCCGGCUCUCAGUGCUCUACUCGUCCUCUGACCCGCUGACGCUGCUGGAUGCGGAUACCGUGCGUCCGACUGUGUUCGGCUCCAGUAGCGCCUGGGUGGUGGAGUUCUUCGCCUCCUGGUGUGGCCACUGCAUCGCCUUCGCUCCGACGUGGAAGGAGCUUGCUAACGACGUGAAAGACUGGAGGCCAGCACUCAAUCUUGCUGUCCUGGACUGUGCUGAUGAGACGAAUAGUGCUGUCUGCAGAGAGUUCAACAUCGCCGGCUUCCCAACUGUGAGGUUUUUUAAGGCCUUUUCCAAGAAUGGCACCGGAACAGCAUUACCAGCUGCUGGCGCUAACGUGCAGACGCUGCGUAUGAGGCUCAUUGAUGCUCUGGAGUCCCACCGUGACACGUGGCCCCUAGCCUGUCCGCCUCUGGAGCCUGCCAAGCUGAAGGAUAUCAAUGAAUUCUUCACAAGAAAUAAGGCAGAGUACUUGGCCUUGGUCUUUGAAAGGGAAGACUCCUACCUGGGUAGAGAGGUAACUCUGGACCUGUCCCAGUACCACGCUGUGGCAGUGCGCAGGGUCUUGAAUACGGAGAGCGACGUGGUGAGCAAGUUUGGAGUCACUGACUUUCCAUCUUGCUACCUGCUGCUGCGGAAUGGCUCUGUCUCCCGAGUGCCUGUGCUGGUGGAGUCCAGGUCUUUCUAUACAUCCUACCUGCGGGGGCUGCCUGGACUGUCCAGGGAUGCUUCCCCGACCACAGCUACACCAGUCACUGCUAAUACGAUCCCACCCACAGCAUGGAAGUUUGCAGACCGCUCCAAGAUCUACAUGGCCGACCUGGAGUCUGCACUGCACUACAUCUUGCGUGUAGAAGUGGGAAAGUUCUCAGUUCUCGAGGGACAGCGCCUGAUGGCCCUGAAAAAGUUUGUGGCAGUAUUGGCCAAGUACUUCCCUGGCCAGCCUUUGGUCCAGAACUUCUUGCACUCCAUAAAUGACUGGCUUCAAAAGCAGCAGAAAAAGAAGAUCCCCUAUAGUUUCUUCAAAGCUGCUCUGGACAGCAGGAAGGAGGACUCCGUCCUUACUGAGAAGGUGAAUUGGGUUGGCUGCCAGGGCAGUCAGCUACAUUUCCGGGGAUUUCCCUGCUCCCUGUGGGUCCUCUUCCACUUCCUGACUGUGCAGGCAAACCGAUAUAGUGAGGCCCACCCACAAGAACCAGCCGACGGCCAGGAGGUCCUCCAGGCCAUGAGGGGCUACGUUCAGUUCUUCUUUGGCUGCCGUGACUGUGCUAACCAUUUUGAGCAGAUGGCUGCUGCAUCCAUGCACCAUGUGAGAAGUCCCAGUAAUGCAGUUCUCUGGCUUUGGACUAGCCACAACAGGGUUAACGCUCGUCUCUCAGGUGCUCUGAGUGAGGACCCCCACUUCCCCAAGGUGCAGUGGCCUCCCCGUGAGCUGUGUUCUGCCUGCCAUAAUGAGCUGAACGGACAGGUGCCUUUGUGGGACCUCGGUGCCACCCUCAACUUUCUCAAGGCUCACUUCUCCCCAGCAAACAUCGUCAUAGACUCUCCUGCAGCUGGAGCAGCAGCCCCGAGGGGCACCCAGAAUCCCAAGCUGGUAAUGGAUACAUUAAAACUGGAGACCAGAAAUUCAGUGCGGGGCCAUGAGCAGGCUGCUUCUGCAGAGUCCCCUGGAGCCACUGCCUUAGAUGUCCCAGCUGAGAAGCCUGAAGCCAGUGGUCCCCAAGAACUAUACACAGGCCUCAGAAUGGGUGGAGCUUCUCCAGGGCGGGGCUCUCCUGAGCACGUGGAAGAGCUUCAGAGGGAUGUGCAGGAGAAUGCCCAGGGUCAGCAACACGUGAGCAAGAGAGACACUGAAGCUUUAUCACUGCCUGAGGUGAACCACCUCCAAGGCCCUUUAGAGCUCAGGCGAGGGCGCCGCAGCCCCAAGCAGCUAGCCAGCGUACUUGAAGGGGAGCCAGAGUCCCUGGCUGUACAGGGCCAGGGCCAGUGGCUAGAGGUUCUGGGAGGGGGGGUUUCCCACCUAGACGUUAGCCUGUGUGUGGGGCUCUACUCUGUGUCCUUCAUGGGCUUACUGGCCAUGUACAGCUACUUCCGGGCCAGGAUGAGAACCCCAAAGGGCCAUGCUAGUUACCCCACAGCCUGAGCAGCCCGGCAGAGGACAGAAAAGGGAGCUGCAGUCUACGGGCUUUUUUUGACACUGGCCCCCUUGCUUCCUUUCUCCUCCUUCCUUGUUCCAUUGUCUAGCUUAGGAGAGUGGCAAGUCCCCAAAAGUGAGUUGUUCCUGGGGAACCCUGCAGUCCACUGGGAGAGGAUUCCAUAGACAAAACAAACAGGGUGCCAGUGUUACCUGGCCAGCAUGGGGUAGGAGCAGCCUGACACAGAGGCUCGGGGCUUCUGGGAGACUCAGGCUCAGGCCCUGGCUUCAGCACCAAAUUCUGUUUUUCAGCUUUUGUGAAGUCCUGCCCAUUCCUGCUGAAGUCUCAAUGUUUCCUGCUUGGUCUUGGCCUUAAAUUGAGGCAAACAAGUCCAGAGCUUUCGAGGUUUCUCAUCCAGAGGAGAGUAUUUGGGGCAGAGUGGGCAGGAGUGGACCUCCUCACUGCAUUCUGAGGCUGUCCGCUUCCCUCCCUCUCGACAUGAAGAAAAUGCAUCCCUUCUGGCCUUCCCUGGCCUACCCAGCUUCAGCACCUCAGGUGUGGGUGGGGUUUAAGCUACAAGAAUGGGUCUGGGAUCCUCAGGAAAGGAUUCUGGUCACCCAGGUUCAAACUGGGGUUUCUGCUGCAAGAGUGUACUUUGAGGUUGGUGUAGUUUGGCAGUCUGGGAGGGUAACAGUUGCUGGACUGUGGGGGGCAGUGCUUGCUUGGUGGUAGGGGCAAGGGGGUGGGUGGUGCUGGGGUCUGUAGUGCCUUUUAGUCCUAAGCUAGCUGUGAGAGGGCAGACUCCUCCGAGCUGGGCGCUUGUCUCUUACUUAGGUCUUUAAAAUCAAUGCUAACUGUGGUGGGGAGGCGCUGGGUUGAGGGCAGUGAGUGGAGUGUGCUCUCUCCUGGUUGGUUCCACUGCAGGCAGGAGGGGUGGAGAGACCAGCUCACGGGCUUCAUUCUCCUGCUCCUACUGCUUGGGAGGAUGUGGAAUAAAAUUAUUUUUGUUAAGUCAC